AUGUGGCUCAGAAAGACCUGCAUCUAUUCCCAGCCUAUCGCUGUCUUCAAAACAGGCCUCCUUCUACUUGCCCACAUCAACACAGCGACCGCCUUGGGACUUGAGGAGCACCUGGACGUCCGAUCAGCGUCGAUAUCCUCCCUCCACGACGCCCUGUUCUCGGGCCAGACGACAUGCCGCACCAUAAUAUCGGCACACCUCUCCCGCAUCCAGGCGCUCAACCCGACCAUCAACGCCAUCACGGCCCUGGACCCGGCCUGCCUGAGCGCGGCCGACGCGCUCGACGCCCAGCUGGCGGCGGGCAACGUCACGGGCCGGCCGCUGUUCUGCAUCCCGGUCCUGCUCAAGGACAGCUUCGACGCCGCGGGCGUGAGCACGGCGGCGGGCUGCCUCGCCCUGGCGCGCAACCGGCCGCGCGUCGACUCGCCCACCGUCGCGGCCCUGCGGAGCGCCGGUGCCGUCGUCCUCGGCAGGGCCAGCAUGCACGAGCUCGCGCUCGAGGGCAUCUCGGCGUCGUCGCUCGCCGGCCAGGUCCGCAACCCGUACGACCUCGGCCGCACGCCCGGGGGAAGCUCCGGCGGGUCCGGGGCGGCGGUCGCGGCUGGGUUCGCCGUGCUCGCGACGGGCACGGACACGGUCAACAGUCUGAGGAGUCCUGCCAGUGCGAACGGCUUGUGUAGCUUCAGGCCCACGACUGGGUUGAUCUCCAAGGAGGGCAUCGUGCCCGUUUCGGCUACGCAGGAUGCCGUCGGGGCGAUGGGGAGGAGUGUGGAGGAUGUUGCUGUUGCGUUGCAGGUGAUGGCUGGCGCGAGGGGGGAGGGUGUGCCGGAAGGGGCUGUUGGGACUGAUUACGUGAAGGAGAUGCUGGAUGGAAGGGGGUUGAAGGAGUUGAGACUGGGUGUUGUGGAUGGCUUUUUCAACCAUACCGCCGAUCCCGAAACGGACCCUGUGAAUGACGCCAUGCAGAGUAUGAUGUCUCUUCUCAAGGAUGCUGGCGCUAUCCUAGUCAACAUCACGGAUCCCGUUUUCGACGCAGUCUCUAUCCUCGCCAACCUUGAUGUGCAACGCUUCGAAUACAAGGAGCAGUUGGACCUGUACCUCGGCCGAGCCGACCUAGACGGAGAGGAUGUGCCUCGGUCGUUUGACCAGCUAUACCAUGGCAAUAGAGGAAGCCAAGACUUUGUAGUCCUGCCCUACCAAUACGACUUUAUCAACAAAUCCUCGACAGCCUCCACGUCUGACGACGAAUACAAGACGCGCCAGGCAGGAAUCCGCAGGCUGACCGAGAAACUGGCCGCGACGUUUGCAGCGCACUCGCUCGACGCGCUCGUCUACCCGCAGCAGAGGAACCUCGUCGUCGAGAUCGGGUCGCCCUCCCAGGCCGGCAGGAACGGCAUCCUGGCCGCGCUGACGGGCUCCCCCGUCGUCGUCGUGCCUGCGGGAUACUCGCCGGUGGAGGGUGGUCGUGGUGGGGUGCCAAUCGGGAUGGAGAUACUCGGGUUGCCGUGGUCCGAGGCCCGGCUGUUGGGGAUUGCUCGUGGCAUCUCGCUGCUGCCUGGGGCGCCGGCCUGGAGGAUGCCCGGGUCGGUGAAUGCGAGCGUCGAGGUUCGCUCGUUUGAAGAGGUGCCUGUUGUUGUGCCAGAUAGGGGUAGCGUUCCGGCCGAGUAUCCGCUGGGUAAUCUAUGGCUCGGGGCGCUGUGA